ACACCUCCAUUUCGCCGCGACUACCAGUACAUCAGCGGCGCAGCUGUCGUCGCUGCAGCUGCCCUGCCUCAUCCCUCGCCUUCAGUGUGCGCGCGCGAGGUCAACAGCUCGAUUGCUCGCCAUCGUCGUCGCAUGUCGCUUUGCUGCUGCAGUUGCUGAGCGCUGAGCAUCGCGACGCCAAGCGGCGCGAGCCAUGACGGUCAGUCAUCGCAAGACAAAGGUCGCAGCAAAGCCAGAUGACCAGACGGCCGCCGAGCCCGGCGUUCAAUACCACUGCGACGUCUGCGAAGCGGACAUUACCCUCACGGUCCGUGUUCGCUGCGCUGGGCCCUGCAAGGAAUUCGAUCUCUGCGGAAGCUGCUUUUGUUCAGGCGCUGAAGGCAAGCAGCAUAAGGCAUGGCACGACUACCGCAUCGUCGAGCAACAUGCGUAUCCCAUCUUCUGUCCGGACUGGGGUGCCGACGAGGAGCUGUUGUUGAUCGAUGGCUGUCAGACGUAUGGGCUGGGAAACUGGGCAGAUAUUGCUGAUCAUAUCGGCAACCGGUCCAAAGAGGAGGUAGAGGCGCAUUACAUUGCCGUCUAUGUUGAGGGUAGAGAUGGGACCAGAGAGGGGGAUGAGAGGGCCGAGUCGCGACUGCAGCAAGCACUCUCUCAGCAACCUCCGACUCGCCGCCAGCUUCCCCUGGUUGAGCCCAACAUGAACUUCGUCCCGCGCAUAUCAGCCGACGACUUCCAUCAGGCGAAGCGCCAACGGAUCGUCGACUUGCGCACUAAGCAGGCUACCAUGCCCAUCGCAGGUACCAAGGGGACCGCUCCGCCGAAGCCCCUUGUCUCAGCGCCUACUUCGCACCAUGAGCUGAGCGGCUUCAUGCCUGGUCGACUGGAGUUCGAGACUGAGCAUGAGCAGGAUGCAGAGGUGCUCACCAAGGACAUGGAGUUCGGCAAGGUGUACCGAUUUGGUGGAGAGCUGCUGCCGAGCGAGGAGCAGGCAUUGGGUGGAAAAGCUGAGCAGGGGAGAUCAAGAAUGGAAGCGAGCGGGCGAGGAGGCGUGAGCAGCAGAGGAGCAGGCGCUGGUACUACUUCAGGCGCGUCAGGCAAGGGCUUGAGCGGGCGAGAGGACAAAGAAGAAGACGAUGCUGCAAGUCAGUCGCACGACGCCGCCAAGGCCGAUGACGAUGACGGUGACAAGGACGAAGACGAUGCAGACGAGACCACCGAUGCCAAGGAGACCAAGGACGACGAUGACGGCGAGGACGCAGCCGACGAGACGCAAGAUACCACAAUGGCCGCCCCCACUGCAUCAGACGCCCCACCUCCUUCUCAAAUGCCCGCAGCAGCAGCCCCUCCUCCCGCCGACAGCACCGAAUCGACUGAACGCCCACCCGCAGAUUGGGACGAGGAUCCAGCGGACCUCGAGCUCAAGCUCAUGAUCCUGGAAAUGUACAACGAACGCCUAGAACGACGCACGGAGCGCAAGUCUGCUAUCCUUGAGCGAGGACUCGUUGAGGUCCGCCGCAGAACAGCAGCAGAGCGGCGUCGCUCGAAGGAAGAUCGAGACUUACUUCAGCGGGUGCGGCACUUCUCUCAGCUGCAGACUCCGCAAGACUUUGAGGACUUUUACGAGGGGCUCUGCUAUCAGGAGACUCUGCGGCGGCUGGCGAUGCGCUUGCAGGAGUAUAGAGGGGCCGGGCUGAUGACUCUGAGUGAGGCGGCGCGCUACGAGCAUGAUAAGGAGGAGAGGCUGAGGAGAUUGCAACAGAUUGCCGAUGGGGAGUACGUCCCGCCUGCGGGAAGCUCGGCAGCUGCGGCCAAUGCUAAGCGUGGGUCGACGAUCAUUCGCAAGCCGGGGGCGAGGGACAGCGAGACGCCCUUUGGCGACGACUUCGACGAAGUGAUCGGCUCCUCAAGCUCGGCACCAGCGGGCACAGCACCUUCUUCGGCAGGCAAGCCUCCCGCACCGGCUCAGCCUUCGACCAGCAAACGCAACGCGAACGACAAGGAUGGUCCACCCAAAUCGCCUCGCAAGCCUCCCCGUCCAUUAGACCUCUCCUCGCACCCCUCGCUGCACCUCCUCACCCGCGCAGAGCAGAACCUCUGCUCAGUGCAACGCAUCCAGCCGUCGGCAUUCCUCGUCAUGAAGAAGGAGAUCCUGACCGAAUUCAUCCGUCGCAAUGGUCGGAUGUCUCGGCGUGAGUCAAGGGUCUUGUUCAAGAUGGACGUGAAUAAAGUCGGGAAGGUCUAUGAUUUGCUGGAGGAGCAGGGCUACUUGGAGGCGGCCAAGAGCUUGGGGUGGGAUGGAGGAGCUAAGGGGGUGGGCACGCCUCCGGGUUGGAAGCCGCCGGCCGCAAGCAGUGAUGCUGAUGGGGCAGUAAACGGGUCGUCAUCAGCAACGACGAACGGGCGGCACGUCAACGGCAGUACAAGCACGCCUCCUCCUCAAGACGCUGCAAGUCGUCCGUCCCCUUCAGUCGGCCCUUCGCCGCUCAGGCACCUGGCUACAGCCGAUGACACUCGUGCUGGACCCUCACCGCUGCAACAUCAGCAGAAUGGCGGCGGAGCGCAACGACAGCAGGCAUCUCCCUUCCGGCCGACGGCAAGAACAUGAUGCCCAGCAUCACUCAACCUCACCCCUCCUUCUCUGCAUCUACGCCGCAUGAGAUCACCUGACCGCCUUCCCCCACUUCCUCUGCCCCCGCCCCUCGCCCAGCUAGUCGGGCUGGACGAUUUCCAAUUGCACAGCGCGGCGUGUGUCUCUUGUGUCCCUCUGCCCUCUUUCAUUUGUUCGCCAGCUACCCGUGUAACAACAGUAAAGCAAAUACUAAAUGCGCUUUUGCAACAUCACCAUUG